AUGGACAAAUUUCGUGGAUCGCUUGAUGCUGCCGCCACCGCCACGGCUGCUACCAUCGCCAGAUCUACUGAGGUCGCCGGUAUUCUUAGCAAGAUGAUGGAUGAUCAGGGCGAAAUAGUCGUGGACAUCCGUAGCAGCGACGAAUCAACCGUUCACCCAGCAAAUGUGGUUCUCAUACAAGCCUUGGCUAUUUUCUGUGGCAGCAACAGCAUUUACCCUUACUCUCACGUGGUUGAUUGGUGGGUAUCCAGGCUCGAGAAAGAUGCAGAAUUGGUGCGCCAAGGUGAACAUGGUGGAAAAUACAUAUUCUUGCUGAAUAACACAUCUAAUGUUCGUCAAAUGGUGCGGCAUCAAAGGGCAUCUUUUGUGGGUGACGAACUGGCGAGUAGGCUCAGUUCAAUGAUGGAGGGGUACAAGAAGAGCUACCUGGACGAGUGUUGGGCUCCUCUGAACCGUUUAAACGUGGAGGAGUUUACUGCCCAAUUUCUUGCUACAUCUAAGUGUCAGAUGACGUGGAAGGUUACAGCUGAGCUCAGGUACCAACUGCGGCGGGAGAUCGUGGAUCUGAUUGUUCCGUCGUAUGAGGUGUCCUUAUCUGCACUGCGGGGAAAGGGAAGCCGACAUUCAGGUGUGUCUGAUUCGUUGAAUGGGCCAAUGGUGGGGAACAAGAAACAGAAGAAGUAUACCGGUGGGGAACUGGAAGUGGAGAUAGGGGGAUUAUUUGAAGGGUGA